CAGUAUCAAUGCCACCAACAUCGACCCUUAUUAGUAAGUUGUUUCCUGCUCUUCAGACCAAAUCUCAAAACAGCGCCAAAGAAGACGAAAAACAGUCACAGCAGCAAAUAGCAACACAGGCACCAGCACGAGAGGGCUCCCAAUCUCAGUUGUUGAGAGAAAAACUUGCACAAUUAGAGAAAGAGAUAACACGAUUUCAAAAGGAGAACUCCAGUUUGGAAAAACUUCGGCUAGAACGGGAAGAGAGUGUGAAGAAGCUGAGAGAGGAAAUUGCCAAAUUUGAUUUGGUUAAGAAGGAUGAACUGCAGAAACUUGAAGAAUUCAAAGAACAAGAACUAAAGAAACUAAGAAAUGAGAAAAAACUAUUUGAAAAAUACAAGAAAGCUGUUCGUUCAUUGCCCAGUAAACAAGACAGACAAGAGAUAGAAACAUUGAAGUCUCAGCUCAAAGAUCUGCAGGAAGAGAUGAAACGGAAGGAGUCCCGAUGGAACGCCAACAACAACCGUCUACGGCAGAGAAUCCAGGAAUUGGAAGACGAGACUCACCAGUUGAAAGAUGAGAUCCAUUUCAUGGAGAAGAAGAGGUUGGAAUGGAUGAAGGAGAAAGAAGCCAUGAACCAAGCAAAGAAGAAGUCCAUUCCACCACUUUCUCAUACACCAAGUCUUAGCCUUUCAACUCUAAAUUCUUCAUAUGAUUCCCAAACAGAAGACGAGGCCAUGCUGGAGCACGUGGAGGUUGUCAGAAAUGGAACAUUGCCGUCAUCGUCGAAAAAUGACCCUCACUCCAGAAGACGGAGACAGCAGCCAGGAUUGAACCAGCACCAACACCACUCACAGCAGCAGCAGCAGCAGCAAGCCAAUGAAGCAUCAUCCAAUAAAGCACCGCGUUCCUCCUCAGAGGCGUUACCAAGGCGACCGAAUGUUACUUCAGCAGCACCCCAAGAUUUGAGUGUUACUUCAAAAAUGGACUUCAACAGAAACCAUUUGUUGCAUGAAGAGGAAGUUGAAAGAGAAGAAGAGAAGACCAAGAACAAGAAGAAGAAUGACAGCGGCAACAAGAACAAGACAAAGAAGAUUUCACUGAAGCAUCCUGGGAUUGUUAAGGGGAAUGUUCUAGAAAAGAUGCAACACCCAGAUGGGAAGACGGAAAAAGUCUACCAAAAUGGAGCUCGUGAACUAAUUUUCUCCAACGGAACCCGAAAAGAAAUGUCUGCAGACGGCAAACACAUAGCCCUUCACUUCUUCAAUGGUGACAUCAAACAGAUCACUGCAGAUCAAACAGUGAUCUACUUCUAUGCUGAGUCAGAAACCCUGGUGACCACCUACCCCGAUGGACUGGAAGUGUUGGAGUUUCCCACGGGCCAGAUUGAGAAGCACUUCCCGAAUGGUACACAGCAGAUAACUUUUCCAGAUCAAACCGUGAAAUACCUGCACGAGGACGGCUCCGAAGAAAGUCACUGCCUUGACGGGACUGUGAUCAAAGUGGAAGCCAAUGGCAUACGCACCCUGCUUUUCCCCAACGGUCAGCGAGAGAUACACACUGACCAGUUUAAGAGACGGGAGUACCCAGAUGGUACCCGGAAGACCAUCUACCCAGACGGACGCCAAGAAACAAAGUUCGCCAAUGGACAUGUACGCAUUAAGGACCGCGAUGGCAACGUGCUCAUGGAUAAGAAGCUGUAGCCCACUAAUCCAUCUCUCCUCUCACUUCUGACCUUGUGAUUGGUAUACAAUGGUCCUUUGCAGCCGACUGAAGCAUAACUGCUAUCACCUCCCUCCCUCUCUCUGUGCAGCAGACUGAGAUUUCUGCUUGCAAUGAUGUGUGACCACUGACAUGUGAAAUAUGAUAAAUUUGUGUACGUGUGUUUAUGUAUGUUCAUGGAUAUAUAUUCAUAUAUAUAUGUAUAUAUAUAUAUAUAUGUGGAGGCGCAAUGGCUCAGUGGUUAGGGCAGCGGACUCGCAGUCAUAGGAUCGCGGUUUUGAUUCCCAGACCAGGCUUUGUGAGUGUUUAUUGAGCGAAAACACCUAAAGCUCCACGAGGCUCCAGCAAGGGAUGGUGGUGAACCCUGCUGUACUCUUUCACCACAACUUUCUCUCACUCUUACUUCCUGUUUCUGUUGUGCCUGUAAUUCAAAGGGUCAGCCUUGUCACACUGUGUCACGCUGAAUAUCCCCGAGAACUACGUUAAGGGUACACGUGUCUGUGGAGUGCUCAGCCACUUGCACGUUAA